GUUUAGUUAGCCUAACAAUAUGGCGACCUCCAUGAUCGCAUUUUCGUAACAAGUAUUAGAUCUAAAAGUGUAAAAAAAACUAUAAUACAAUAAAUUUUAGCAAGGGACUGAAUAGACAAGAUGGAUUUCCAGCACAGAGCUGGGGGUAAGACAGGCACUGGAGGUGUGGCCUCAGCCUCAGAGAGCAAUAGGGAUAGAAGGGAGAGACUCCGGCAGUUGGCUUUGGAAACUAUUGAUUUGAAUAAGGAUCCAUACUUUAUGAAAAAUCAUUUGGGCUCCUAUGAAUGCAAGUUAUGUUUGACCCUUCACAACAAUGAGGGCAGCUAUCUCGCACACACCCAAGGAAAGAAACAUCAGAGUAACUUGGCCCGUCGUGCAGCCAAAGAGGCUAAAGAUGCGCCCGCCCAGCCGGCCCCUGAGAGACCUAAGGUUGAUAUCAGGCGUUUUGUCAAAAUUGGAAGGCCUGGUUAUAAAGUGACCAAACAGAGAGACCAGGAGUCCAUGCAACAGUCACUGUUGUUUCAGAUUGAUUACCCUGAAAUAGUCGAGUCCAUCCAACCCAGGUAUCGUUUCAUGGCAGCGUAUGAGCAGCGUAUUGAACCCCCGGACAGGAAGUGGCAGUACCUUCUGUUUGCUGCUGAACCUUAUGAGACCAUAGCAUUUAAGGUACCCAGCAGGGAGGUAGACAAAGACCCAAGGAAGUUGUGGACACACUGGAACAGAGAAACCAAACAGUUCUUCCUACAGUUUGCCUUUAAAAUUGACCCUAAAGGCACCAGGGCAUCCAGUCCGAAGCCACUGCAGCCUGCGUCGUCUGUUCCACAAAUGAUGGGUGGUGGUCCACCCCCACCACCCCGCCUACCCCCUCCCCCAAUGCCACCCACUGGAGGAAUGAUGCCACCACCAUUUAACGUCAGGUUUCCCCCUCCCCCGGGGCCACCAAUGGGCAUGCCCCCACCCCCAGGCCUGCCAGCUCCUCCAAUGCCACCUGGUAUGGCUCCUCCUGGCAUGGCCCCACCUCCACCUGUACGACCACCCCCUGCACCUCUUGGAAUGUCAGUGGCUCCUCCUCCACCCCCUGUUCCACCCCCUCCACCAAUGACAGCUAUGUCAGCACCAGUGGCCCCACCUCCCCCACCCCCACCACCAUCGUAGAUUGUUGUCAUUACAAAAGACCAUAUUUCACUUUGUUCAGUUUGUCCCCAUCACAAUAUUUGUUUUGAGUUGUACAUGACAGGCAUGUUUGUCAUGGAUGGAAUAAAUU